AUGGCCAAGACUUCCGAACGACGCUCCAAGCCCAUCGCCCUGCUGGGCAGCGCAGGUCUCUGCCUCGUGCUUCUCUGCCUGUGCGCCUUCAGCACCAACGCUGACGCUGCCUCCGUGGCCAGAUCGUUGAUCGGCCUGGAGAAAGCUGCUAGCCGCCUCAUGCCGCGUGCUGUCACCUCUUCGUACGCCUACCAGCGCAUGAUUGCCAACAUCGGAGGCGCUUCGUCCACCGCUGGAGGCAACCAAGUACCAAACGUGCUCACCGGUAGCGUCAUCGCAUCGCCUUCCACGGCCACGCCAAACUACUUCUACUCUUGGAUCCGGGACGCUGCCCUCACCGCAAAGAUAGUGGUGUCCCAGCCAACCCUGGACCGCACGCUGAUGACCAACUAUGCCAACGCCGAGAAGGUCCACCAGCAGAACGCUGCGAGCUCGAGCUCUAGUCAGGGAGAGCCCAAGUUCAAUGUUGACGGCGCCCUCUUCACUGGCCCGUGGGGUAGGCCUCAGAAUGACGGCCCCGCCCUGCGCGCCUCCACCUUGAUGGCUUUCGCCAAAAGGAUUGGACUCAAUGACGCUUUCACGACCGGAACACUAUACAAGAGCGACCUGAGUGCCGGUAGCCUAAUCAAGACGGAUCUCGAGUUCGUUUCGCACAACUGGCAAGCCUCGAGCUUCGAUUUGUGGGAAGAAGUUCAGGGCAGUCACUUCUUCACGUUGAUCGUGCAGUAUCGAAGUCUUAUUGACGGUGCCAAGUUCGCUGGUGCAAUGAACGAUCCUGGCGCUGCGUCCUACUACAAUCAGCAAGCCGCGGCCAUCCUGUCAAAGCUCCAGAGCUUCUGGGACUCGUCCAAUGGCUUCAUUCAGGCCUAUCAGGGUGUCUCCGGGCGUAACGGCAUCGAUUGCUCCGUCAUGCUUGGCGCGCUGAAGGGUUGGGACACGACGGAUAAUGCUGCCGCAGUCAACGCAACCGUGUUUGGUGUUGCCUCGGACAAAGUGCUGGCAACGCACAAGAAGUAUGUCGAUUCCUUCCGCUCACUGUACGCGAUCAACAACAACGCGGCUGCUCCCAACGCUGUAGGCGUAGGCCGCUACCCAUCGGACGUGUACGACGGCGACGGAACCUCGCAGGGCAACCCGUGGUACAUCUGCACGCUCGCCGCUGCGGAGGUGCUCAACACGGCUGUCUCGGUCGCCAAUGCACGCGGCAGUCUCUCGGUCACUUCGACCUCGCUGCCCUUCUUCCAGCAAUUCUCCUCCUCCACCUCCACUGGAACGUACAGCUCCAGCUCGAACCAAUUCAGCACGCUGACAAGCGGAAUGAAGGCGAUGGCAAAUGGCUUUGUCAACAUCGUCAACUCGCACGCUUGGCAAAACGGCUCGCUCAACGAGGAGUUCAACCGCAACAAUGGCUUCAACCAAGGAGCUCGCGAUCUAACUUGGAGCUAUGCUGCAUUCGUCUCGAACGACCUUGCUUCCCAAGGCAAGUAUCUCGCCAACUGA